AUGCCUCCUUCUGCCUCGCCCUUAGAGCAGUUCAGUCAGCUCUCCAUCGAAAAAAUGCCUCCAACUACGCGUUUACAACAUCGCAGCCAGCGACACGAGUCUAGUACUGAGUCUGAGGACAGCUCAGACGAGUCCACUCAAGCAGACAACUGUAUUCGGUUUCCAUCUAAACUAAUAUAUACACUCGAGGGCCUCGACAAAGACAAGCGUCGACAUGCCAUAGACGCCAUUGAGGAUCCUUCUCAAAUCAUCUUACAGAAGUGUGCAGCAAGGGAGAAGUUCGUGGUUUUCCAGGUGUCUGAGUUGAAACACUUUGACAUACGAAGUGGUUCUAAAGAAAGUCGAUGGGAGACACCAAGUUGCAGUUGUCAGGAUGGAAUGACUGGUCAAACUCCUUGCCGUCAUAUCCUUUGGUUAUUUGACCAGAUCACGUCACAAUUAUUCGACAUCCGAGAUGAGUUGCUUACGCUGAAUGAUCAAGGGAUCUCUAACCGACUUGAAGACCCAUACGACAUGAUCACGCGAUGCCAUCUCAAUAUCCUUGCCGACGACCUCCACAUUCAAAGUUCGGGGAAAGUAUCCGACGCACGGGAUGGUCCCUAUAACCCGCGACGUGUCGAGGAGGUUCGCGAAGUUCUUGCUUCUCUGCAUCGCACCCCUGUCGACCAGUACCGUCCGGAUAUUUUUACCUCUCCUACAGGUGGAACACGGCCUGUAAAGCGGAACGACCUGGAGUGCACGGUUUUCCGCAUGUUAUGUGAGAAUAAUGAGUUCUUCCACUAUUUCAUGUCUUGCAUGCGAAACGAUGAACUUAUCCACAAUCCCUUCAGAAAGCUUCAGAAGAGGGCGGAUGCUGUUCUGGCAGAACACGAUGCAUAUGCAAAAUCCGUUUCGGCCAACUCAGAUGAUGAAGAGUAUCCUGCGAAUGUUCAGUGGUGCGCUAUGCAUCUGCGAAUUAUCGUGCAGAAGAUCCAGACAUGCGCCCUCAGGUCUCGGCGUCCUCUUGAGUUCUGGGAGCGUCGGGAAGCCGCGCGCUGUCUUCUUCGUAUCCUUAAAGAAGUUGUUGACCGCUGUGAGGAUUUACCUCCUACCCAUGCGCCAAAGCUAGAUCGGAAUUUGUACAUCAAUCUUAUCGGAGAUCGAGAUCACAAUUUCGCCAUUGGUGCACUCAAUUCGCUCUCCCCGGAUGCAAUUCAUCCACUGGCAGAUGAUCUGAGUCAAACUAUCGACAAUAUGAGUACACAUGGUGUACCUGCCACUUACGUGGAGAAACUCCGAGAAAUCCACCAAAGAGCUCGAAAGGCUCGCGUGCUCAAUUCUACUUUAGGCUCAAAACGCCACAGAGGAGGUCAGGGUGGUAGAGCAAAACGUGCAAGGUAA